AUGACCGCCCGCUUGGUCCUGGUCAUUGGUGACCUGUUCAUCCCUGACCGAGCUCCUGAUCUCCCAGCAAAGUUCCGCAAGCUCCUCACCCCCGGCAAGAUCGGCCAAACUCUUUGUCUCGGUAACCUGACCGACCGCGAGACCUAUGACUUCCUCCGCGAGGUAGCCCCGGACCUGCAGAUGGUCAAGGGCGAUUUCGAUGUCGACUCUCCCAACCUUCCCUUGUCCAAGAUUGUCAACCAUGGCAGCCUACGCAUCGGGUUCACCCACGGCCACACCAUCGUCCCACCUGCCGACGCCGACGCGUUGUUAAUCGCAGCUCGUCAAAUGGAUGUUGAUGUUCUACUCUGGGGCGGUACUCAUCGGUUUGAGGCAUUCGAGAUGGAGGGCCGCUUCUUUAUCAACCCUGGUAGCGCGACAGGUGCUAUGAGCUCGGGUUUCUGGCCAGAGGGCGAGGAACCUACGCCUAGUUUCUGUCUAAUGGAUAUCCAGGGUGAUGUCCUUGUGCUGUAUGUCUAUCAGCUAAAGACCGAUGCUAAUGGUGUGGAAAAUGUGGCUGUUGAGAAGGUCUCCUUCCGCAAGAACCACCCUCCUGCCGAGUAA